AACCCGGCCCCGCAGCCAGGAGGCACGGCAACCGGAAACCCAGGAAGCAUGAUAACUGGAGCGCUCAGCGGUUGUCUGUACAAGGGAGCGUUGUACCAGGUUGGUCGUCGCUGGGACGACGGAUGCUCUUACACGUGUGUGUGCGCGGAUGGAUCUACCGGGCAGUAUAAAUGUUCACCCAAGUGCCCUACAUUCGGCACACUUCCCACGGGAUGCUCGCUUCGGUCUAACCCGAAUGACCCGUGCUGUCAGCAGCCCGUCUGUCCCGUCGGAACUGUCACCUCCAAUGGUCAGCCCGUGGUCAUCGUGCCUACCUAUGGCAAUGCAUUCACAGGAUAUGGUCAGCCGGUGAUGCCCCAAGCCGGCACCCAGACUUCCGGUAUGAACACUACCCCCUCCCCAGGUAGCGGCGGCACAGGCACCGUCAUUACCGGAAGUGGUCGCGGAUGUGUGUACAAGAGUAACAAGUGGCGCCUUGCCACCUGGGACGAUGGCUGUCAGUAUCGAUGUGAGUGUCUUGACCCUACCGCCGGACAGUACAGGUGUACCGAAAGGUGCCCGGCGUACGUGAACCUGCCUCCCCAGUGCAGCCUACAGACGGAUCCACACGACCACUGCUGCAAGACAGUCCACUGUGACUACAAUAUGGUCGUCACCACGCCCGCCCCCAUCUUCGCCGUCACCACACCGCCCACUGGAGAUGCCCUGUGUCACUACAAGGGCCUGUAUUACCGACAGGGCGAGUCCUGGUAUGACGGAUGUGGACUCCAGUGCCGCUGUGAGGACGCCCUGAACCACUACUACCAGUGCACGGACAGGUGCCCCAAGUACACCAACGUGCCUUCCACGUGCACAUUCGUCGCCGACCCCAAGGACCCACAGUGUUGCCGGGUACCACAGUGUCAGAACGCCGGCGGAAAUGUAGGAACAACGGGAUUUGUUGGCGCCUUCACCGGAUAUGGCCACCCAACCAGCAUCACAUCUGGGAUGAUCAGCCAUACCAGUUACAACAGUAAGAACGGAGUUCUUUUUAUCGCUGUGUAA